AUGACUUCUACAAACCUGAAGAAAAUCCUGGUACUUGGCAGCGGCAUGGUAGCUCCGCCUUGCAUUGAGUACCUGGCCCGCAACCUAAACAACUACAUUACAGUGGCGUGCCGAACCCUGGCAUCAGCCGAGAAGCUUGCCGCAGGCUUUCCUCGUACCCAUCCCAUCGUUCUUGAUGCUAGCUCGGAAGCGGACUUAGACAAACACAUCUCGGCCCAUGACGUUGUCAUCUCUCUCAUCCCAUAUACGUAUCACGCGGCUGUCAUCAAAUCUGCUCUUAAGAGUGGUACACACGUUGUCACGACGAGCUAUGUCUCUGACGCCAUACGAGAGCUCGACGAUGCCGCCAAGAAAGCCGGGAUCACUGUCCUGAACGAAGUGGGCGUGGACCCUGGCGUGGAUCACCUCUACGCCAUCAAGAAGAUUGACGAGGUCCAUGCCAAAGGCGGCAAAGUCCUCGAGUUCUACUCCUACUGCGGAGGACUUCCCGCCCCCGAUUGCGCGGACAACCCCCUUGGCUUCAAGUUCUCCUGGUCGCCCCGUGGCGCUUUCCUCUCGCAGAGGAACUCUGCGCGCUAUCUCAGGAACGGCUCGGUCGAAGAGAUUCCGUCUGAAGAGCUCAUGGCGACUGCAGCACCGUACUAUGUCAUGGAUGGCUAUGACUUCGUCGCGUAUCCAAACCGCGAUUCGGUACCGUUCCAGAGCUUCUAUGGUAUCCCAGAAGCGCACACAGUGAUUCGUGGCUCGCUUCGUUACAUGGGCAACCCAGCGUUCGUGCACGCACUGGAAAAGCUGGGCUGGCUCGAACCAGGCAGGAAGGAGUGGUUGAAGGAUGGCAUGACGUGGGCGCAGAUUCAGCAGCGUGCGAUUGCGGCAUCAGGCUCGGACGAGAGCUCCCUCAUAUCCCGCAUCCAAGAAGUCGCCCGAUUCCCGACUGAAGCGGAGAGUCAACGCAUCAUUGCUGGCUUGAAGUGGAUGGGCAUUUUCUCCUCGGAGCCGGCCACGAUCGUCGGAGGAAAUCUUCUCGACACGCUCUGUGCGCGACUGGAAAAGCUCAUACGUUUUGCACCUGGCGAGCGGGACUUGGUUAUGCUUCAGCACAAGUUCGUUGUCGAAUGGGCUGGAGGGGAGAAGGAAACCUUCACGUCCACGCUUGAGCUGCUCGGUGAUCCAGAUCGCUAUUCGGCGAUGGCUCUGUCAGUAGGGGUGACCUGUGGUAUUGCAACGCAGUUGCUGAUGGAUGGGCAUCCUGCGCUGCACAAACCAGGUGUUCUCGCACCGUAUACGCGAGACAUGUGCGAUCCGAUCAGAGAAUUGCUGGAGAAGGAAGGCGUCAAGAUGGUCGAAGCUAAGGCGUAA